AGUAUCUUGUCGGCGGUUGGCUCCGAAUUUGACCUGCGGACACUGAGAGCAGUCAGGGUUCUGCGACCACUUAAGUUGGUGUCAGGGAUUCCCAGCCUGCAGGUGGUACUCAAGUCCAUCAUGAAGGCUAUGAUCCCCCUGCUGCAGAUCGGACUGCUUCUCUUUGUGGCCAUUCUGAUGUUCGCCAUCAUCGGCCUUGAGUUCUAUAUGGGAAAGUUCCACACCACCUGUUUCGACAUCGCCACUGAUGAGAUUUAUGAUGAGUUGCCAUGCGGUACAGAGUUACCGUCCAGAUUGUGUCCUAAUGGGACCACGUGUAAAGGCUAUUGGCUGGGGCCCAACUAUGGGAUCACCCAAUUCGACAACAUUCUCUUUGCUGUCCUCACUGUAUUCCAAUGUAUCACCAUGGAGGGUUGGACCGAUAUGUUAUACUAUAGUAAUAAUGUAGAGGGAAGUGCCUGGAACUGGAUGUACUACAUCCCCCUCAUCAUCAUCGGGUCCUUCUUCAUGUUAAAUCUGGUGCUGGGCGUCCUCUCAGGAGAGUUUGCCAAAGAGAGAGAGCGAGUAGAGAACCGUGCAGAGUUCCUCAAAUUGAGACGCCAGCAGCAAAUAGAGAGAGAGCUAAACGGAUAUCUAGAAUGGAUCUGUAAAGCAGAGGAGGUCCUUCUGAAUGAGGAUGGUACCAUUUUUACCGGUACCGUCAAGACCAAGAACAAGAAGGAGCUUCUGAAUCCAGAGGAGGGGGAAGACGGUGGAGCUAAUGGAGACCCGUUUGGCCGAGGUGGUCUACAGGAUGGGUCCAACUACAAUAGGAACGAGCGGCGGAUCCGGUUCUUCAUCCGUAAGAUGGUGAAGACUCAGGCCUUCUACUGGACCGUCCUGAGUCUGGUGGGCCUCAACACCAUGUGUGUGGCGGUGGUACACUAUGAACAACCUGAGAUCCUCUCCGACUUUCUCUUCUAUGCAGAAUUUAUAUUCCUGGGUCUGUUCAUGUCAGAGAUGUGUAUUAAGAUGUAUGGCUUGGGGACAAGGCCCUACUUCAACUCCUCCUUCAACUGCUUUGACUGUGUUGUGAUCGUGGGCAGUAUAUUUGAGGUGAUAUACGCGGUCAUUAAGCCAGGGACAUCGUUUGGCAUCAGUGUGUUAAGAGCCCUCCGACUGCUCAGGAUCUUCAAAGUCACCAAGUACUGGGCUCUACGUAACUUGGUGGUAUCAUUACUCAACUCUAUGAAGUCCAUCAUCAGUUUGCUCUUCCUCCUCUUCCUCUUCAUUGUCGUCUUUGCCCUUUUGGGCAUGCAGCUCUUCGGUGGACAGUUCAACUUUGAAGGUGGCACACCGGCCACCAACUUUGACACCUUUCCUGCAGCUAUAAUGACAGUAUUUCAGAUCCUGACGGGUGAAGACUGGAACAUGGUGAUGUAUGAUGGGAUCAAGUCUCAGGGAGGAGUAAACAGUGGAAUGGCCUACUCCGUCUUCUUCAUAGUGCUCACACUCUUCGGCAACUACACCCUGCUGAAUGUGUUCUUAGCUAUCGCUGUGGACAAUCUGGCCAAUGCUCAGGAGUUGACCAAGGAUGAGGAGGAGCAAGAAGAGGCAGCUAAUGCCAAGACAACCCUGCAGAAGGCCAAGGAGGUGGCUGAAGUUAGUCCUCUGUCUGCCGCUAACCUCUCCAUCGCUGCAGUGACAGUAAUAAAAACUGAGCGUAUCGAUGCCACAGGGAAUGUGCUUGACUGUAAGGAGCAGCAGAAGAAUAAUAAGGCUGGUGGUAAAUCCGUGUGGGAACAGAGGACCAGUGAGAUAAGGAGACAGAACCUGAUGACCAGCAGAGAGGCCCUGUACAACGAGAUGGACACGGAGGACUGGAAGGUCAGGGGAGAGGGGGAAGGAGAGGUGUCGUACCCCCAUCGUGCUGGGGACAUGAAGACCCACCUGGACCGUCCGCUGGUGGUCAACCCCCAGGACAACCGCAACAACAACACCAACAAGACCCGGCCCGGAGAGCCCCCUCUAGACCCGCAGACACCUCUGGGCCAGCAGAGGGCUGAAGAAUACAUCAGACGCCAGGCCUGCUACCAUCAGAGGAACAGGGGGGGUCAACCAAGGGGAGGUAGUGGCCCAGAGAGAGAAGCCCGUCUGGGGCACGGGGGGAGCAGAUUGUCCCUGCAGACGCUGGAGGGUAUUGAAGAAAGAAGGGACCAUGGAAGGAGAUGGGAGGAGGGAGGGAGAAGGCAUAAGUGUAAGGGGACAGAAGGGGUAGUGGUAGGGGAGGGGGGUGAGGUAGAGACGGAGGGGAGGAGGCCGAGGCGUCAUCGGCAUGGAGAGAGGAGCCGACAGCAUCGAGUUAGAAAAGACCACCACUGCAGUGGCCCCAACCUCUCCACCGCACGGCCCAUCCUCAGACAGGACAGUCAGUACAGGGAAGACCUAGACAACCUACUCAACAACAGCAAACUACACGACCACACCCUCCACCCGCUGCCCCCAGACCACCCUGACCUUGUGAAUAACCUCCUGAACCGCAGUGUGACAGCAGACACACACCACCAUAGUAUGGACAGUCUAAUUCUGACCAGUAUGGCCAAGCCGGCUCAUACGGUCGUGGAUAUGAUGCCUCCUGUCUAUCCAUAUCCCUCCACCAAUGCCAUCCUGCAAGUGAACAAGAAUGCUAACACAGACCAGAAAAAGAAGGAUGAGGAGAAGAAGGAGGAAGAGGAGGAUGAAGGGGGCGAUGAAGAUGGUCCCAAACCAAUGCCCCCGUUCAGCUCCUGUUUCAUACUGUCCACCACCAACCCGUUCCGUAGGUGCUGCCACUACAUCCUGACCAGGAAGUACUUUGAGUUCAGUAUCCUGUCUGUGAUCGCAAUGAGCAGCAUCGCCCUGGCUGCAGAGGACCCUGUCUGGCCUGAGUCACCAAGCAACCAAGUGCUGAAAUACUUUGACUAUGUCUUCACGGGUGUCUUCACGUUUGAGAUGUUGAUCAAGAUGGUGGUACUAGGCCUGUUCUUACAUCAGGGUUCAUACUUCAGGGACCUGUGGAACAUCCUGGACUUUAUAGUGGUUAGUGGUGCUCUGGUGGCCUUCGCCUUCACGAGCUUCGCAAAGGGGACUGGCAAAGGGAAAGACAUCAGCACUAUCAAGUCUCUGAGAGUACUGAGGGUACUACGACCUCUCAAGACCAUCAAACGACUCCCCAAGCUAAAGGCUGUGUUUGACUGUGUGGUGAACUCUCUGAAGAACGUCCUGAACAUCCUCAUCGUCUACAUGCUCUUCAUGUUUAUAUUUGCUGUGGUGGCUGUGCAGCUGUUCAAAGGCAGAUUCUUCUACUGCACUGACGAGUCCAAGGAGUUUGAGCGCGAUUGCAGGGGAGAGUUUUUGGUGUACGAACGGAAUGAAGUAAAAGCUGAGAAGCGGGAGUGGAAGAAGUACGAUUUCCACUACGACAACGUGCCUUGGGCCCUGCUCACCCUCUUCACUGUGUCCACUGGAGAGGGCUGGCCGCAGGUGUUAAAGCAUUCGGUAGAUGCGACCUAUGAGAAUCAGGGUCCCAGUCCGGGCUACCGGAUGGAGAUGUCCAUCUUUUACGUGGUGUACUUCGUUGUCUUCCCCUUCUUCUUCGUCAAUAUCUUUGUUGCUCUCAUCAUCAUCACCUUCCAAGAACAGGGGGAUAAGAUGAUGGAGGACUACAGUCUGGAAAAGAAUGAGAGAGGAUGUAUAGACUUUGCCAUAAACGCCAAGCCCCUGACCCGCCACAUGCCCAAGAACAAGCAGAGCUUCCAGUUCCGAAUGUGGUCGUUUGUGGUCUCCCCACCGUUCGAGUACAGCAUCAUGGGUCUGAUCGCACUCAAUACUAUAGUCCUCAUGAUGAAGUAUAAUGGGGCGUCUGACACCUAUGAUAAAGUCCUGAAGAACAUCAACAUCGUCUUCACUACCCUCUUCUUCAUGGAGUGUAUUCUCAAGAUCAUCGCCUUCGGGGUUUUGAAUUAUUUUAAAGACGCUUGGAACAUUUUUGAUUUUGUCUCCGUGCUCGGAAGCUUCACUGAUAUCCUGGUGACAGAAUUUUGGAAUAACUUCAUCAACCUGAGUUUCCUUCGACUGUUUCGAGCGGCUCGUCUCGUCAAGCUACUGAGACAAGGAGAAACUAUACGCAUCCUGCUCUGGACUUUCGUCCAGUCAUUUAAGGCACUGCCCUAUGUGUGCCUCCUCAUCGGCAUGCUGUUCUUUAUCUACGCCAUCAUUGGGAUGCAGUUGUUUGGUAAUCUGGCACUGGGCGAGGACGAAGGCAGUGCCAUCAACGAAAACAACAACUUCAGGACUUUCAUUAUGGCACUCAUGUUACUAUUCAGGAGUGCGACAGGUGAGGCGUGGCAUGACAUCAUGCUGUCGUGUCUGGAGAAGUGUGACCCAGACUCAGGGAACACAGAACCAGAGUGUGGCAGCACCUUCGCAUACACAUACUUCGUCUCCUUCAUCUUCUUCUGUUCUUUCCUGAUGCUGAAUCUGUUUGUGGCUGUCAUCAUGGAUAACUUUGAGUACCUGACCAGAGACUCAUCUAUUCUGGGUCCUCAUCACCUGGACGAGUACGUCAGGAUAUGGGAGUAUGACCCCGCUGCCUG